UUAAUUUUUUUUUUUCUUCUCUUUAAAAUUUGACAAUGUCUUCUAGUAAUAUUCCUACAGGAUGUCCCAUGCAUGAAAAAGCACAAGAUUCUCAGAAUGAAACAUUAUAUAAUAAUUCCUUAAAAAAUGCUUCUAAUAAAAGUUGUCCAAUUGUACAUUCAGGGGAUGCUCUUUCACCAGAUAAUCAAAUGCCACAUUUAUCUCAAGAACAAGUACCUGGACAACGAAUAUAUCUUCCAACUGAACGUGUUAUUUCUUCAAUUCCAAAAGCCAAAAGUUCUGAUUAUUGGGAAUAUCCUUCUCCGCAACAAUUUUAUAGUGCUUUAGUUAGGAAAGGCUGGGAAACUCCUGAAGAAAGCAUUGAAACUAUGGUUGAUAUACAUAACUUUUUGAAUGAAAGAGCUUGGAAUGAGAUUAUUAGAUGGGAGAAAAUGAAAAAGUGCAAUUGUAAUGAACCAAAAUUAUUACGUUUUAGAGGUCGACCGCAAGAACUUAGCCCAAAAGCUCGAAUAUUACAAUGGGCAUCAAAAAUAUUUCCUUCAUUAGGCACACCACCACCUUUCGAUCGUCAUGAUUGGACAAUUGAUAGAUGUGGUAGAGAAGUACGUUAUGUAAUUGAUUAUUAUUCAGCACCUGAUGAAGGUGAUAAUCCUGUAUUUUACCUUGACGUACGGCCAGCAUUGGACUCUAUCGAUAGUGUCGUUGAUAGGAUUAAAGUUGCUACUAAAGAAACGUUUGCGCAACUUAGAGAAAGAGCGAAAGCUGCAAGACAGGAAAAUGAGGUCGAUAGAUCAUGAUUUAGAUUCGCAUUAUUUGAUACGACUUUGAAAAUAUUUUUUCAUAAUAGAUUGAUUAAUUUAAAAAUUAGUAAAUUCUUCCAAAAAAUAUUAAUAAAAUAUACAAAAUGGAGUAUACCUAAUCAUGAGUGUCCUACGCUUACGCUUCGUACAAUUAUUACGAUUAUAAAUUUAAAUAAUUUUCUUUCUUUUUCUUAAUUGAUGAAAAGGCGCGUAAAGUCGGCCGACAAGAUAUAAUCAUGUGAUCUCUGUAAUUAAUUUUUCAGCCCUUUAUUUUAAACCAAUUAUAUUAAACUCUCAAUGACCUUAUU